AUGUCUGGAGAAUCGCCGCUUGUCUCGUCGAGUCUUAAUAAUGGGAGCUCGAACGGCAAGAUGAAGAGGAAACGUAAUAGGAUUCCUUUAAGUUGUACCAUAUGUAGGAAGAGGAAAGUUAAGUGUGAUAAGACCCGUCCACACUGUGACCAAUGUGUCAAGACUGGUGUGGCACAUCUAUGUCAUUAUAUGGAACAGAGUUGGGCAGAAGAAGCAGAGAAAGAGAUCUCGAAAGAGACUGAGUUAAAGCAACUGAGAGACCGAGUUAAGUCGCUUGAAGAGAGUUUAUCCAAGGUACAUUCUGUAUGCAGCAAUACUCCCGAUAGCAAUAUACUGGUACUAGAUAAUGGGAAUGAGAUUUCUGGGGAUGAUUCAAAAUUUCUUUCAGGCAAUAGUAAGUAUAGUAAUGAUGAACUGGAUUUAACGAGACAAUUUGAUAUGCUGCAUUUAAAAAACAACGGAACCAUUCAUCUUGGUGCAACUCAUUGGCUGGCAAUUAUGAAAGGUGACCCAUACUUGAAAUUGUUAUGGGGGCAUAUCUUUUCUAUGAGAGAAAAGCUGGCUGAAUGGUACAGUCAGAGAAGAAAAGUUCCUCAUGCGAAAGGUAUGACUAAACCAGGAAUGCCAUCUGGUUCAAGAUGUCCCGUGGAUCAUAGCAGUAUGGGCUUCCCUCCACCAAAACGAGAUGACUCUCCCUCGCCUUUACAACAAAUGCCAUCCAAAUGUCCCGUGGACCACGCUACGAUGAAGAAAUGUCCCGUGGACCACACUGCUAUGUCUAAAUGCCCCGUGGACCACACUGCUAUAUCUAAAUGCCCCGUUAGUCAUGGUAGUUCAAUUAAAGAGGAACAUGAUAUCCCUAGACCGCCAUCUUUACCAUCAUUCCAAAAUCUCACAUCGAAAUGUCCGGUGAUACAUCAACCGUCUGCAAAAGAUUUUCAAAUUCCUCGACCACCAUUACAAUCAUACAAGGUUGCCACCAAACCUAUUACUCAUGAACAAGUCCUGGCAAGAGUUACUGAACUCCUGCCGCCAAAACGAAUAAUAUGCUCAUUCAUGGAGAAGUUCUUCAAGCAGAUUUACCCAGUGAUACCCAUUAUAGAUGAGCAAAACUUUAAGAACCAUAUGAACCACAUUUUAAGCUUGAGAACUUUUACUGGUGAAGGUGACACGGUACAAAAACUGCGAACGACCAAGCUGGCAGAUUAUUGUAACUUGGGUAUACUGAUAAUCAUCCUAAGGCUUACUUGGCUAUCUUUGCCAUCUAAUGCUUGCGAAGUGGAUCUAGGUAGUCAGUGUUCUGCUUUUCUAAUGCCCCAAUUGAAUACGGCAUCCGUUACACAAGCUAAGGAGGAAUCUUUGCUAAUAAAAUAUGAAACACCCGUUGAAGCGCUAGAGCUUAUUCGCGAGCAUUUGAUCAAAUUUGAUCAAAUCUCCAGUAUAUCAAACUGCAACGUGAAUUUGACGACUGUUCAAUUUGCUAUUUUUUACAAGCUCUAUUUGAUGUGCUGGGCCAACGACACACCCUCAGCGAAUAACUCUCCAGAUGCAUGUGUACCGGGGACCAUCAACGAUGGUGGUGGCCAGGAUAAUGAAACCCAUCAAGUGUUACUGUCAAGCAUCACUCAAAUGGCAUUCAGCUGUGGACUUCAUAGAGAUCCAGAUAAUUUCCCUCAGCUAAACGCUGUUUCGCAUGGGCAGCCAGAAAACUCUGCAACUGCGGCUAACAACAACACUAGCAGCGCGGCUGGUCCCUCUGCUAAGGCAAGUAAAGACGCACAAGCAAGCACAGAAAGAUUUAAACACACCUGGAGGAAAACAUGGUAUUAUAUCGUUUCGCUUGAUGUGCAACAAUCUCUUUCACUUGGGACGCCGAGGUUGCUGAGAAAUUUGAGAGAUUUUAGUGAUACUAAACUACCAUCAGCUUCCAAAAUUGAUUACGUUCGCGAUAUUAAAGAGCUUGUCAUUGUUAAAAAUACGACGUUGUUCUUUCAAAUUGAUCUAUGUAUUGUCUCCGUGUUAAACCAUAUUUUGAACGUCUCACUCGCCAAGAAUGUUAGAAAGUUUGAGCUCGAUUCCUUGAUAGUAUCGCUGAGUGAUUUGACCCACGGUAAGAGGAACAUAUGCGAUGUGGUAACUGGCCUAGUCAAUAAGGGACUCUUGUUCACGACGGAAGGGGUAGUUGAUCAAAACACAGACGAAGUGUACGGUCUUCCAAGUUUGGAGGAAAUAUUAUCACAGCACUCUUCAUCUUCGGCUGAUGACGUAGACAAGAAAUUGGAUUUGGCACAUGAGUCAGCUACUAGGGCGUUGUUCUUUUCAAAGCACUUAACUCUAAGGAUGCUUUUGUAUUUGCUGAACUAUAUUUUGUUUACCCACUACGAGCCUAUGGCAACCGAAGAUCCUGGAACUGCUGUUAUUGCUAAAGAGUACGCUCAAGAAACUCUUAAUUACGCGAUGGAUGGAUAUAGAAACUGUAUGCUGUUCUUCAACAAUUUGAAGACUGCAGGCACUAUGAGCUCCAUGUUCAGUUACAUGGAAGUAGUUUUAGCACCCCAAUGCUUAGACAUUGGUCGCCGUGCUUUGCAAUUCAUUUUUUGCUUAGUUUUGCGUGCUAAGUGUGGACCGUUGACUGGUAUGGGUGAAGGCACUAUUAACAAUGCCAAUUCGUGCAGCAGCAGUAGCGAGGAUGAGCGUGAGACAAGCGCUUCGAAGAAAGAGGACUCGGCAGAGCUAACUGAUGAUGUUGCGAGAGAUAUAAGCCUGGAUACUGGAGAAGCUUUAGCAGAAACAUUGAUGAAUAGAAUGGCGCUGUUCCACAAAAUGACAAAACAAGUUUGCGUGAAAUACCAUUAUGCUGCAAGGAUGAUGAGAUCAACUGGUUUCUUUCUAGCUUUAUUGAAGCAUCCUAAUGCCAAAUCGAAGGGUGAUCAAAAGAAUGGGUCUCAACCCGGAAGAAAGCCACCCUUCUCGAACUUCUUGCGAAAUGUUCCUUCUCUAAUCCUGUCUGCUGAUGGGGAACAACUAAAGAGGUGUCCUGUUUAUCAAGAUGCUAUAGGCUUUGCGGGACCCAGGACAAUGAGCAAUAAUAACAACCAGUUCGUUUUCCCACCUGGUCAUGGCCGGUUUGGUGCGCAGUUGCCACCAUUGAGGUCAUACAAGCCAAUCACAUAUAAUAGCAGUAACGUACGCCGCACCGCAGAGACUGAAGAAAAUGACCAGAAAAGGCGUCGGUUAAACAGCGAUCCUGCUGAGUCCGUGAAGUUAGCUGAUCACAUUUCUGCUCCACUUCCUCCUUUGCAGCCUGUUUCGUCUCCAGCAAUGACACUUAAUGGGAUGGUUUCAGGUAUUGGGGAGCCAUUACCGCCUCUCGAUAGAAUUGCAGGUCAAUUUACUCCAUUGCCUAUGGAAAACGUUCCAGUCACCAAUCCUGCUAAUGCUGGCAGCCCAAGUUUGACUAGAGAUGUCAAUUUAGGUGGUAUGACAACCUUUACAUCACCGGCAUCUGAAGUGUCUUCUGCCGCUAACUAUACGCCUGCAUUCGAAGAUUUCUUGUUACAAAACUCGAAUUUCAAUGGUAUAAUGAUCAACCCUUCGAGUAUCGUCGAAGCAGUUGGGUUCCAUAACUUCGACAGCAGUGAUAUACCCAUUGGGAGCGAAGGCGUUGACUUUUUACCAAUUGACAACGCGGCUAUCGAUGGUUUAUCUGAAUUGACAAGAACCGAGUUCCCAGCUUGGGAAUAG